GCAGACACACGUAGGCGCGUCUCCUACCGACCAACCCCCUUUUCCCCCGGCGUUCAGACUGAAGCCGGCGAGCGGCGGGACGAGCAGGCAGGGAGGACCCGGUGCCGCAGCUCCGACGGGACGGGCCGGACAGAGGUGUCCACCGAACGAGGAGGUGUGACGCUGCGCUGAGUCUCCCCUCACUGUGUGCAGGAGCACUGUGGCAGCUAUGGGACCUGAGGACAGACCUGGUUUGGGUUCAGGAACCUGCCCAUCGGGACCACAAGCGUGUGUCUCUACAAACAUGUACAACAGCAACGGGCCUGCAGUUCAGAAGACCCAAGUGUGCACCCAGGGCUGUGUCCUGGCUGAGAAAGCGCCCGUGGGGAGUGAGCAUCACAGGGGCAACACGCUAAUAGCUGAGCAGGUCUGGAGGAACCUGGCCACUCCGCCGCAGACUGCGGCAACCACAUUGCACCGCAGCAACGCGUCAGCGACUGGAGAGGCACGAUGCAGUUUCCGCAGCCCCGAAUCGGUGGAGAUGGACGAGAUCAUGGCAGCCAUGGUUCUGACCAGCCUUUCCUGUAGCCCUGUGGUCCAGAGCCCUCCACAGACAGACACUGGAGCAGGUGGCUCGUCGGCGGCGGCGGACAUGGAGUGUGGUGGCGGGGAGCUCUCUGACAGUGGCAGCAGCGGCUACUGGAGCUGGGACCACGGUAACGUGAGCCCUGCAGCCUCGCCGUCUGUCAUGGAGAUGGACAGCAGCCCCGAUGAAGGCCUGCACAUGGACCUGGAGCACGGAGAGGAGAGCUGUGCCAAAAAGUCAAAGAGCUCCUUCAGAAGUGUGUACAAGUGUCUAUGGCCCAGUUGUGGUAAACUGCUCACCUCAUCCGUCGGAAUCAAAAGACACAUCCGCGUGCUGCACCUGGGCAGCGGGUCAGAACAGUCUCAGAGAGAAGAGGACUUCUACUACACCAAGAUCUCCUGCGAGGCUGUGGACGUCGGCCCCGCUCCGGCUCCAGCUCCGGCUCCUCCCCAGCAGGCUCUGGGCCAGGCUCCGUCCUCUCGCCUCAGCUGGGGCUCCUGCACUUCACCUCCGGGCUUGGGGCUCCAGAUCCCCCCCGCUCACAGACCCAGGUCCAACUCCAGCUCUGGGCCGGGCAUCAGCCGGCCCAGUCCGCUCAGCCAGUCGGCACCCAGCAGCUUCUGGCAGAUCCACUCAGAGCAUCUCUAUCAGGCCUGUAGCCCCUUCCAGGUUUCUGUGGGGCCCAGGAGCCCCAGCAGCCAGGGCUUGACCCCCUCCGCCUCCAUUUCUGGUCAUAGUAAUACUCUGAUGGUGAAACCUCGUUUCCGCUCUGUCAGUGUCGGGGAACAGUGGCUCCAGCAGAACCGUCUGCAGCCUGUGAGCGCGUCGCCCUCCCGCUCCCACUGCUCCUUCAGGAAGGGUCGCGGUGAGGCCAAAAAGUGUCGCAAGGUGUACGGGGUGGAGCGCAAGGAUCAGUGGUGCACUGCCUGCCGCUGGAAGAAGGCGUGCCAGCGUUUUCCUGACUGAACCAAGCCCAGCGAUGGAGAGCGAGAGAGGGGAGGGACCAGCAGGCGGACGGACGAAUGGAUGGAUGAAAUGGAUGAAUGGAUAAAAAAGACUAUCAGAGACAGGUUCUAAAUCAGGGCCCGGGAGCCAUUGAGAAAAACAACUUCUAUUACACGUUUCCUUUUGUACCUGUUUCGUUUCUCUCCUUUAGGAAUGCAAAUGGAGUUUUCUGUAUCUUAGUAACUCGAUCCUGAAAUCAAAAGUUGGUGAUGGUGCUAACUGUUGACUGACUUUGUGACCAUGUGAUGUGCUAAGCCUACAAUACUCUCCUGUUUUAUCCAAAGGUCAUAAUACUGCCCCCGUAGCUCCACUGUAUUAGACGGCUACUCGCGUUGCUCCAACCCUCUCUUCCAGCAUUAACACAGUGAUUAUGACGUACAUUGUGCUGUGUGCUUUGAGUUCCGUACAAGUAUUUUCUACCGUUUUUUUCUUUUUUUUUUAAAUCAUCGUUGUUGAGCCCACAUAUCGGGCGGAUGACUUUUUGGAACUUUUCAUGUUUUUUGGCACUUUGCUCGGAUACAAACACACAAGGAUAAGCUAUAUUUGGUUUGACUCAACCAAAUUCCUUCCAAAUGGGUUUUUUCCUUCCUGCCCGUUAUCGUUGGCAUACGACCAGUGUUAGAUGGUUUUAUCUGUGAAGCUAUGGAAUCAUGGCUAUGGGAUUAGCGUUAAGGGGGAGGAGUUUGUAAUACCAAUAAAAAAGAGGAAAUAUAUUGUCAAAUACAUUAAAAAGCACUGAGAAUUUCA